ACAACCAAUUAAGAUAAGCGCAGUAAUGGGAGACCUUACAAAAGUAGUAAAACGUACUCAAAGCCGUUUGCGUAUAAAUAGCUCACUAUUGCACGCACAGUCACUUACUUCGGAUACGGUUCGCAAAUCAAUCCAAACAAAUAUAAAUCCAACAAAAAAGAUUGCUAUGAGAAUACUUAUAAUUUCACUUUGGUGCCUCGUCCAAACCAGCGCAGCACAGGAGGCAACACCAUUCGACUACCUGCAGUCGGCACAACAGAUAGCCGAAGGAUUGAUUGCGAGUGCGCCUGGACCUCUACGGCCCGACUACUUUUUCAGAGUAGUACAAAAUUUGGUCAAAGGUUUGCCCUCACAAAAGGCGAAUGCACUAACGAAUGCUAUUUGUGCCGCGGUUAUUGCCAGCGGAAGGAAUCAAACACCCGAUCGGUAUGCACCGAGGUUGGAAGAUAUUAAAUUUCAACUGCGUACUCCGUGCUAUAAGCGUGAAUAUCCGGUGGAGGAUCCUAGUGGGCUAGUAUUGGAUCCGGCUUUUGAUAUCAACAAACGAACCGUUCUUUUUGCUACCGGUUGGACAACUACCGUGAAUAAUGAACGUCAUGACUCUUUGUCUAAGGCAUACAAUUGUCGCGGUGACACCAAUUAUUUGGCGCUGGAUAUUGGCGACUACAUAAACACGCUUUACUCGUGGUCCGCACAAAACACCGACGUCCUCGGUAAAUAUGUGGCUGAAGACAUUCAACGUCUCUCUGAGUUCAUAGACGUCUCCAAACUGCAUCUAAUGGGUCACAGUUUGGGCGCUCAAAUAAUGGGCUCCGCGGCGCGUCACUAUCGCUUGUUGACGGGUCAAAAUUUACCCUACGUGACCGGUUUGGAUCCCGCUUUUCCAUGUUUCAACGAAGGUGAGACCCUAACCACCAUCUCAGCCAGCGACGCAGACUUCGUUGACAUCAUCCACACGAAUAUCGGCGUUAACGGCCAGUAUGCAGCAUACGGUCACGUUGAUUUCUACGUCGGUGGUAAAUUUCCUAUUCAGAAUGCCUGCAUAACGCAGCUAUGCUCACACGAAAUCGUUUGGGAGUACUACACAGAGUCGGUGUAUCCCAAUAACGAGCUCAAUUUUCUGGCAAGACGUUGCAACUCGCUCUUCAGCCUGCAGGAAGGUAGAUGUGAAGGUCUUGAGUCGCCUAUGGGUUAUGCUGUGCCACGUGACAUAAGUGGCCGAUAUAUGUUGGAUGCAAACUCUAAGAAACCAUAUGGCAAAAAUGCUACAUCGGACUAUACUGACCCUGAUACGUCGCCUUGUGGUGCCUGUGCUCGUAUCUUUAAUGAAUAAGGAAGUUCGUUCCAAUUAUACAUUUUGUAAUAAAAUCGUACUGAUUUAGUUUGUAUCUAGUAUGUUAUGUGGUCUUGGUUAAAAUAAAAAAUAUAUGGUUGUAC